GCGGCCCCUGCUGCUCACACGCACAUGCCUCCCCUCCCCAGGCCGCAACCCAGCUGACCCCCGGGGCUCCCCCGGCAGCGGACAGGGAAGGGUUAAAGGCCCCGGGCUCCCUGCCCCCUGCCUUGGGGAACCCCUGGCCUGUGGGGACAUGAACUGUGUUUGCCACCUGGUCCUGGUGGUGCUGAGCCUCCGGUUAGAUAGAGCUGUUGCCCCUGGGCCACCUCCUGGUCCCCCUCGAGUUCCCCCAGACCCUCGGGCAGACCUGGACAGUGCGGUGCUCCUGACACGCUCCCUCCUGGCGGACACUCGGCAGCUGGCCGCACAGCUGAGAGACAAAUUCCCUGCAGAAGGAGACCACAACCUGGAGUCCCUGCCCACCUUGGCCAUGAGUGCAGGGGCACUGGGAGCGCUGCAGCUGCCAGGCGUGCUGACUAGGCUUCGAGCUGAUCUGCUCUCCUACCUGCGGCACGUGCAGUGGCUGCGCCGGGCUGGUGGCCCUUCCUUGAAGACCUUGGAACCCGAGCUGGGUGCCCUGCAGGCUCGGCUGGACCGGCUCCUGCGACGGCUGCAGCUCCUGAUGUCCCGCCUGGCCCUGCCCCAGUCAGCCCCAGACCCACCAGCGCCUCCCCUAGCCCCACCUGCCUCAGCCUGGGGAGGCGUCAGGGCGGCUCACGCCAUCCUAGGGGGGUUGCACCUGACCCUGGACUGGGCCGUUCGGGGGCUGCUGCUGCUGAAGACUCGCCUAUGACCUGGGACCUAAAGCCACCAUCGUCCUUAAAAGCCACAUCUUAUUUAUUUAUUUAUUUCAGUACUUCGGGUGUGAGGGCAGGGGACGCCCCUCUCGUCACCCACCAUAGUUAGAUACAGCCCCUCCAGGAG